UUAUGGUACAAAAGGAAAAAGCUGAAGUGGUUCUAACAAUGGAAGCAGGGAGACAAAGAAGUCCUCAUUAUGACAGGGAUCAAAUUAUGCAUACAAAACAUAUAACUGAAGUUAGUAGUAUAGCACAGGGCACUGAGCAAAGAACACAAUCUGUACCUCUCAUUUCACAACACUGUGAUGACAGCAAAUUCUAUGACAAAUGUGAUGUAAUCUCUAAGCCAGAUACGUCAGCAGCAGAUAAAGUUUGCCUGUCAUUUGGAUAUGCCAGCUCUGAAUCAGAGGACAGAAUGGAUUCUCAGGCCUCACCAUCUGCCUAUGCAAAGUCGAAUUCCUUGGUAGAGGCUGAAACACCUAUGGCUAAGGAAAAGUGUAAGAUUAAACCUUCCACUGUAAUAUCACAAGACUCAAGCCUCACACAUGCUUCCUCUGAAAUCAACCCUGUUCUAAAUCAGGUGCUAUUAGAGGAUAUAGACAGUUUUAAUAAGGAUGAUACAGUUAGAAUAAAUAAAAUGCUUCAAGAACAUAUUGAAGAAAAAAAACAGAUGAUUGAGUUGAAGCAAAUUGAAGAACCCGCAUGUGUAAAUAAUACUAGUCUAUUUAAAGGACAAACCGAAUCAGAUAAACUUUCUGUUUCUGAAAAUAAAAUGAAGUCUGAGCAAUCUAUCAAUAACAUAGGUACAUUGGAGGAUAGACUGUCUGGAAGCUGUAAAGAUGAUAUAAACACAAACAAGCAAACAGUAACUUUAGAUGAACCACAAAAGAUCAAUCAACAUAUAGCGAUACAAGCAGAAAAAGUACAAACCGAUGCUAAGCAGAAAUUGAUAAAGAUGGAUCAGAUGGAGACAUCAGAAGAAAAAAAGAACAAUGAAGAAGAAAAACACUUAGAUGAAACAGUACCAGAAACAACUUUGAAGACUUGUCUUUCUGAUUCGGCUGUAAUCCCCACAGAGCUUGCGGAAGAAGUGCAGAGCUUUGGUACGGAUUUGAUUGAAACCACUUAUCCAUCCAUGGAUCAGGACCUGAUGCAAGUGACAUGCUGUGAGAGAGAGCAGACACAAGGCCAGAUAGUAUUUAGUAAAUUGGAUUUGGCACCUGGUUUAAAUAUUAAGUCCCAGCCUACAGAAUUAAAACAACCACAAGAAUGCAUUAAAGCUGCAGAAACACGGGAAACUAAAGAUUUAGAAAAGUAUGAUGAUGUUUCGCUAAAAGAAUUAAAAGUUAGCUGUCCUAGUUAUGAAGAGAACAACGAUGAGAUUCGGGAAAGUAAAGCUGAAUCUGAGCCCUCCUGUAAUAGUUUGGGGAAGUUGGAAAAUGUCACGUUGAUGACGAAUCAUGACAAUGUCAUUACCGGGAAAGAUGGGUGUCUUGAUGAUAAUACAAAUCAAAGUGAACCCAGUAUCAAGCAAACAGACUUUGAAGAUGUCUCUUCUAUAGUUAAAGACAUAAAUGAAAAUAAUGCAGAAGGUAGAAUCCUAGCAAAUGAGAUUAGGGUAAACAAUCAGGAAAAUAAGUUCCAGAGCAUUUCUGCACAAUCUCUUGAAAACACUGAGCUGAAAGAAUUGUCACCACCUGUCACUCAAACAUCACAAGAAAGUAAAAGCAAACCUCAAGUGGGUCAUAUAAGUGACUCACAGGUCAGUGUGGAUACACCUGAACAUGUGGAGGAAGUCAUACCUGGACUUUGUGAAGCUGUGAAACUUACCAGUGAUUUCUCUAAGCCAUGUGAGAAUUCUAGCACAUCCCACCUCGAAAACAAAACAGAGGAUCAGUGUCUCAGUGCCGUAACCUUUGGCAAGAACAAGUGUACUGAAGAGUGUGCUAGUGUCCAGGCUGAGGUGAUACUACCAUCUGUUUACAGAUCUCCUGUUGAGAAUGUGGAGAGUGAGCGUGUCGUUGAUGCCACUAAAGACGUGGAUAAUAGAGAUUCAGAAAAUAAAGCUCAAAUUCACAAUCUCGAACUCCCUUGUACACCCCUCCAGUGUGAUACUUUGGAGAAGGGCCACCAUAAUGAGGCAUCCAUGGAUAUCAAUCAUUCACAAAACAAAAUAAUAUGGCGGGACACGUUUGAAUCUGAAGCACAAAAGAUUGAGUUGCAUGGCCUUCCAACAAGUACAGGAACUGAAGAGGAGGCCAAAAAUAUGAAGACACAACCAGCUAUUUCAGGAGAGGUCAAGCAGAUGGAGCACAGGAAGGAAGAGCUAAGUGGAUGCAAAGAGGAGGGAAAAGAGAAUGAGACAGCAGAGGGCAGGAAACUCACAGAGAAGUCUGAAAGGCCUGAUACUGGUGCUGUAGUGUGUAAUCUUACAGACAUAAAGGAAGGAAAUGAGAGAAGAUUGCCUGAACACAAAGAGGAGGACUCAGUUUCCUUCACAGUCAAAACAGCAAGUGGUGGGACUGAUCUUCUGGAAUCGAGUAUAAGUGAUGGAUUACAGACUGAACCGGAAAAAGGGCUCUCAUCAAGCUCCAAACUCACUGCUAUUGCCACAGUGUCAAGCUCACAGGACCUUUCCCAGACAUUAAUUAGUGCUAAUGCAGACGCUGGUCAUGAAGCUGCCAGUUCAUUUAUUCAGACGAUGCGUGAAAAUUCUUCAGAUGUAUUGAAACCAGAGCAUAGCUCAAAAGAUGGUAAAGUGGACUUAACUUUAUCAGACAAAAAUUUUCAGAAGGAGAAUGGUGAUAGCGAUAAAUACAAUGAACAAGUAUCAGCAGAUGAAGACAGGUCAGGUACUCUGAAGACUAGUGCAUUAUUGGAGGUGGAUAUUUCAGACAGUCCUGCAGCUGUUAGUCCUGUAAUCGAACUGACCGAAAACACUCUCGGCACAGAAGAAUCAUGUGAAACCUCUGACUGGCUCAGGGCGCUGAAACAGGCAGCCUCUAUAUCUCAACCGCAACAGAAAUAUAAGCUCGAGACACCUUGUGGAUCUGCGGAUAACAGACCUUUUGAAAGUCUUGAUAAACCUCAAGCUGAACCAGAGUCUCUUUCCCCCACUAAAGAGAGUGAGUCUGUUGUAAAGGAGCACCCAGAGGAUCCACCAGACAGCAGGCCACUGCUGCCCGAAUCGGCUGAUGGGAGCGAGUCGGCCUUUUCCUUCCCUCCACCCCCAGAGGAAGACACAUUGCCGUCUGCUCUCCAUGCUCACCUGUUCUGUGACAGCUCUGAAUUCCCCACCCCGCCACCCACGCCACCAGAGAGUGCUCCUCUAGAGCCCGAACUAGAAUCUGAACCUCCUGUUCCUCCAUCUGUUCCGGAUCAGGUCCCAGACGUUGCAGAACUCCUUCAACCUCAGCAACAGCAGUUAGGACCUCCAACCAGGAGCUCAGAUUCUGAUGGCACCUUUGAGACCCCUGAAUCCACUACCCCAGUGAAGACUGCAGCCCCUCCGAUUCCCCCGGUUGAGCAAGCAGAGCCCAUUACACAGCCACUGACCUCCACUGACACAGACUCCUCUCCUUUGCCUGCCUCUACACUACAGGAUUGUGCCAGUGAGGUGCUAGAGCCUUCUUCAUUCCAUGCUCCUGUUCGCUCUCUCUCAAUUGUGUUUGAUGAAGACAAACCCAUUGCAAGCAGUGGCACCUACAACAUCGACCACAUCCUCACCUCUGAGCCCUUGUUGGCACCAGCAAUUAAUACAGAGCUUGAGAGUUGUGUCCCCCUAACACGUUCACUAAGCUUCCAGUCUGGGGAAUUAGACAGCUCUAGCCUUGGAGAUAGGCUUACAGAGGGAGCCACUAACAGACCAACUCAUCCUCGUUCAGAGUCUUUCAGUGUAGGUACAGAGAGCGCCCCUGGAACGUUACGACGGGUCAAAAAAACUCGACCAGGCUCUUUAAAGAAAAAGCCACUUUCUAGGCAGAACUCAAACCCUGAGAGUUCCACUUCCAGAACUGUCUCAUCCAGCAGCACCCCAGAGGUCAAGAAGAAAGAAAGACCUUCUGCAGAAAGUCCUCUAAACACAAAAGAGGAGAAAGAUUGUCCACCGACCACUCCCAGCCCCAGCCCGAGCCCUGCUGGCACUCUGAGGAGGACCAGAAUCAAAUCUCGUGUAGAAAGUCCGCCACCUGUAGUAGAGGAGUGUGGCCCUGCACAAGCUCCAGUGGCUGCAAUAGCACAGGAAGAAAUUUUGCCAGUUCCUGAAGAGGAUUCCCCAAUUCCCCCCAGUGCCGCUUACAAGUGGGACCCAGAGAACUUUGAAAACAUUGACCCCUUUUGCACAGGUGGCAGUAAGCUUGCCAACUCUCCUGUCUUGGGUAGGAAAGCAGACUUUAUCCCUGUCCCGGACACCACCACCCCUGUUCCUACAGAGGAGACCCCUGUUGCUUCUGCACCUCCUUCAACGAAAGAAAUCAACAUUGAGGAGCAGCCAAUCACCAGACGACAGUCUGUCAGACUAGAGUUUGAUUAUUCAGAGGAGAGUGCAGAUACACCAAAGGACAGUCCUUUGCCGCCCAAAAAACUGGGCAAGAAGCAAGGGGCCAAGAUGCCGCUUAGAAAACCAAAGCUGGGGAUUAAGAAGGCCCCCCCACCAACUGAGCAGUUAGACAACACACCUGCUACAGUCCAUCCAAAUGACAGCGAUGACAUUCCCAUCCCCAAAGCAUCCUAUAACUUCGAUCCUAGCAAAUGGGAAGAUCAUAAUUUCAACCCUUUCUCAUCAGGGAAAGGCAUCUCUAACUCACCUCCCCAGUCCAGGGCAAGCUAUAACUUUGAUCCAGACUCGUUUGAUGAGUCUAUUGAUCCCUUCAAGGCAUCCAAAAAGAUGGGAAGUUCACCUCCGAAGGCAGCAUCUUUAGAAAUAUCUAGCAAUGAGAAUGAAAAUGACAAUGACAAUGUUGAUGAACUGGAGGAUCAAAACCAGAAUAAACCAGCCAAGAACAAGAAAAAGCCCCUUAAAUCUAACACAUUUAGAGUCAAGAAGUCACCAAAGAGGUCACCUUUGUCUGAACAGGUUGCACAGGUUUCCUCUGAUGAUGCCAUGCCUGAUCACCUUCAGGACCAUGCCACAGAUGAAGAGAAACUAGCCUCCUCUACCAAUCAGAAAUGGGCAGCUCGACAUGACAUGCAAGUGGAGUUGAACUCUGAUGUCCAGGACUUUCCUCAGCCCUCUGACCUCACUGCUUUUGUCAAUGAGACCAGCUUACCAACACAGAGCCAUGACUAUGAGAUUGAAUACAUGGAGAAGAUUGGAACUUCUACCCCACCUUUAUCAGUGAAAAAGCCAUCCCUCUACCUAAAUCUGGAUUUAGGGACUGACACCACAAACCAGGGAUCCAGUAUGCACCACUCAGGACCCAACUCCCCCUGUACUGGGAGUUUUGAGGAAAUGGAGGCUAAGAUUUCAAUGGAGGGAAAAUCGCCAGUGCUGUCGUCUUGUGGUGCUCCCGAACCACCAACGUUGGAGAACAGCAAAAAGAGUGAAAUCCAUCUUAAGAGCCGCGCACAAAGCAGUGAAAGAGAUAAAAUGUCCCCCUCUCAGGGCCCUGGGGACACCGCAGAUCUGUCUCUCAUAGACAGGCUGAAUGAGUCAGCCACUCCUCUCAGCUAUCUGGAGCCUGACCUGGCAGAGACCAACCCCCCUGCCUUCGCCCACAGACUGCAGGAAGAGCUAGUUCUCGCAGCUCUGAGGAUUGAGGCUCUGCAGGUAGCCCAAAACAUCUCUCAGAGCCCUUCUCUAUCCACUGUUUCCCCUCAGUCUCGGCUCAAGAAACCCAGCCCACGCCGCUGGAAUCGCAACAGUUCAUCCACAGCUAAAGAGAGAGAGCUGGCCUCCCCUGGAGACAGCGGUGUGUCCAAAAGCUCCCUAUACUCCCGGACCGGGUUCAGUGAAGCCGAAAGCCCUUACCUCCCCCAAGACCUGGACCAUUCACUGGGCAUAGCAAGAGAAGAGAUUGUUGCCAAGGAGAAAGAAGUGCUGGAAUGGCAGAGAAAGUAUGAGGACAGUCGGCAGGAGUUGGAAGAGAUGAAGAGAAUAGUCUCAGAAUAUGAGAAAACGAUUGCACAAAUGAUUGAAGAUGAGCAGAGGGAGAAAUCUCUAUCUCAUCACACCAUCCAGCAGCUCAUUCUGGAAAAGGACCAGGCACUGGCUGAUCUCAACUCAGUGGAGAAGUCUUUGGCUGAUCUGUUCCGGCGCUACGAGAAAAUGAAAGGCGUCCUGGAAGGGUUUCGUAUGAAUGAGGACGUGCUAAAGAAAUGUGCACAGGAGUAUCUGUCUCGAGUGCGUAAGGAGGAGCAGCGCUAUCAGGCCCUGAAAAUCCACGCAGAGGAGAAACUAGAUAAGGCGAAUGCAGAAAUCGCUCAAGUGCGUGCCAAAGCAAAACAGGAGCAGGCAGCAUACCAGGCCAGUUUAAGGAAAGAACAGAUGAAGGUGGAUUCACUAGAGCGCACCCUGGAUCAGAAGAACAAAGAGAUUGAAGAAUUAACCAAGAUCUGUGAUGAGCUGAUUGCUAAAAUGGGGAAGAGCUAGCUGCCCUUGCAUAUGAUCCAUGACCAGGACAAUAUAUGAACUGAAAGAGAGUUGUGCUGAUUUUGUCCUAUUGACUGCUGGACAGGACUACAAACUGUUCCCUAAAUCUUAAACACUACUGACAUUCUUCAAGGAACGGGGCUCCUGUUGACUAGGAGGAUACGCUAUCACACCACUGUAAUUACUAACCGAGCAUUUUGAUGUUUUAACGUGCACCAAUUUUCCUGCAAUAGAGGUCUUGUGGAUAUUUUUGAGAUGUAUUCCCCAUCAGUACAGAAAUUUUAUGAGAGUUUGUUUAUGUCUGAGAAAAAGAGAGAGCGUGAGAGAGGAUGAGUUUAAUUGCUAUGAUGCCAUGACAGCCACUGAUGGAGCUGACUGUUAAGUUAAUUUCUGUGGUUAAACCUCUUUGAACUUGCAAUCACAAGUGAGAAGAAAGACAUGUCUAUAUAUGAUUAUGAAAUGAUUAUAAAUAUGCAUGUGUUCAUUUCUUUUUCCUUUUUUUGUGAAUAUGAGCUGAAAAUAGUGUAGGUACACAAAUGCAGGUUUUGAUACGAUUUAAUCUGCUUUCACGUGUAUCUUUGUAGAUACUCUCUAGUUUUGUUGGCUUUUUGCAAAAAUCAUGUGCAAUUGUAUUUUUUCUCUUUUUUUCUUUCCAAUUUUAUUUUUGUAUGUCAGUAAGCUUAAUGUCAUCUGUCUCUGGUACUAAAAUAGCUAAAUUAAUUUGAAUAGGAUCGUCUCAGUCCUGCUCUGGUUGAUGUGACACAGUAGAUGUUUCUCUAAAGAGGAGAUCUACUCAAGCUACACAACACCUGCUUAAAAAGUGCAAUAAAAGAUGGC